GAUCAGCCUCCGGAGGUCAUGCAUACCUGUUUGAACCAUGGUGGUGGAUGGGAAUGAUCACGAACUUUAGGUGUUCAGGUGUUGUUCUUUUACUUCGCUGAUAGGGAAUUGAGCGAUGCAGUGUGAAAGAGUUCGUAUGCUGCAUUACCUCGACUCUGUUUCUUUUUCCCCCUUACAACGUUAUACACGAAGAAGACUAUUGAUAUACACAACAUCAAACUUUGGUACUUGUCGAUGCCAUAUGGAUCGGAGAGAUUAGGUUCUGGAAUCUUAACCCUUCGAUGAUCUAGCUAUGAAUUAUAAAUUUCCAAUCCGUUCCAACUGCUCACAUAAAGUAUUGUUUUGCGGUACCAUGCACUUCUGUUUGUGCUCAAAGGUGGAAAACUGGGAUCGUUGCGUGUUUGUGUUUUAUUGUCAAUGGAAAAGAUCCCCACACCUUUCAAAGUGCUAAUUGUUAUCAGAACGCCCCAGCAAGUGCUAUCUCCUGGCUAUUUUUAUUUCGCUUGCUCCUUCAUAGUGUAUACGCUCCAAAUAUUUUUCAUGGAAGUGAUAUUUGGGGAAAUCGCCAACUUUGCGGCUUAUGCAUUUGCUCCUGCUAUACUUGUAACUCCUUUAGGAGCUUUAAGCAUCAUUUUCAGUGCAGUGCUAGCUCAUUUUAUCCUCCGUGAGAAAUUGCACGUGUUUGGUCAGCUUGGAUGUGUUCUGUGUAUGGUGGGCUCUACAACUAUUGUUUUGCAUGCACCGCAUGAGAGAAACAUUCAUUCUGUUAAGGAAGUGUGGGAACUUGCCACAGAACCGGGCUUUCUUGUCUACACUAUUGCUGUUGUGAUUGCCGUCUGUGUCCUUAUUUUCUGGUACGUACCACGUCACGGGCAGACGCAUAUGAUCAUUUAUGUCGGAAUAUGUUCUCUCGUCGGCUCUCUCACGGUUAUGGGUGUGAAGGCUGUAGGCAUAGCAUUGAAGCUUUCAUUUGAAGGGAUGAAUCAAUUCAAAUACUUUGAGACCUGGUUCUUCACCGUGGUUGUAAUAGGAUGUUGCCUUUUGCAGAUUAAUUACUUGAACAAGGCUUUGGACACUUUUAACACUGCUGUCGUAUCACCAGUCUACUAUGUGAUGUUUACAACAUUUACAAUAGUAGCCAGCGUGAUCAUGUUCAAGGAGUGGGACUCACAAAAUGCAUCUCAGAUAGCAACAGAGUUGUGUGGUUUUGUAACAAUUUUAGGGGGGACCUUCCUUCUUCACAAAACCAAAGAUAUGGGUUCGAAGCCGACGGAACCCAAUAGUCCCGCUGCAAGUCGAGCCGCUCCGUACGAAUCUUUCACGUGAGCUGAGAUAGAUAGCCGAGAGAGGGCGUGUGCCUGCGCGUGUGUGUUUUUGAGUCAAUGUUUCACAUAAACCAGCAGCAGCAGCAGCAGCAGGUAGUGUUGAUAGAAAAGAAAUCUGAUGGCUUUUAAAGGAAUGAAACUUCAGUGUGGCGGGGACAACACAAGAGGGCACCUUGUUCUCUGGUUUUUAAAUGAACAGGGAAAGGCACACAUUUCAAGUUCUUGUGCAAGACUUCAGCGUCUGUUUCACACAAACCUAGCGUUUUUAGGGACAUCAAUCAUAACGUGUCAUUUAGCUCUCUGCCUUUCCUUAUUCUUCUUCUUUUCAGUGGAUUUGAAUUGGAACUGGCAGCACCCCAGUGCCCACUGCCCAAUGCACCAGCGGCUGAAUUUUUUUUUUUUUUAACCCACUUUGUUUUAAAGAAACAGAGAAAUUUAUGAAGCACAACAAAUGGUUUUACA